AUGACGCGCAGUGAACAAGCAGUACCAAGGCGUGUAGCCAUUGCGCUUGCAGUGCUUCCCGAACCCAAGGAUUUGCAUAAUAAAGUACGUGUGUGCGUCGUAUCCUCGCGCAAACACAAAAACGCGUGGGUGCUUCCAAAAGGCGGCGUCGAGGCCGGCGAGUCGGCGCGGGAGGCUGCGAUGCGCGAGUUAUGGGAAGAAGUAGCUGGUGUACGUGCUUCCGGCUCACUUCCGCCAUGGUCCGUGGUUGAACCGGUUGUCGAGAUCAUCGAUACCAAGCCGCAUUCGCGGUCGCCCACCAGCGACGUAUAUGCCGAGGACUAUAUUCCUAGUACAGUGUAUACUGUGCACGAAUUUGCAAUUGCAGAGACAGAGCUACAGGAGACAUGGCCGGAGAACUGCGAGCGUGUGCGCGAAUUUGUGACGCUUGCCGAGGCGCAGCGGCGCGUGCAAUGGCGCCGUGGGCUGCCAGAGGCGCUUGCAAAAGCACCUGUUACGGCAUAUGUCUCGAGGUAA